CAAAAAUGUAGGUUUGUUGACUUUUGUAGUUCGUGUAAUAAAAGAAACGUGUUCAUUUCAGCUAUCAGUUAAUAGUAUAAGAGGUCUGUUAUUUACUUCCGGAAAAACUUCCAAAUCAUCAAAAUCAACUUUUCUGAAAUAUUUUAACACACAAGAGCCAAGAUGAGGCGUGCUCAUGCAGGGGAGAUGAACCCGCAGAUGACACAGCAGGCAAAUCACAUGGAAGAAGAGAAUCAACAUUUGGAGGAUCAACUCUCAUAUAAAGUUAAAGCAUUAAAAUCUCUGACUAUAGAUAUUGGAACAGAAGUGAAGACACAAAAUCAAAUGUUAAAAGGAAUGGAUGAUGACUUCGAUGCUACUGGGGGAUUCUUAGGAAAAGCUAUGAGUCGUGUUAGUGCAAUAGCCAAAGCUGGACACAAUAGAUUCAUCUUCUAUCUUAUUAUGUUUGCACUGUUUGUCUUCAUGGUGUGUUGGUUUAUCAUAAAGACACGGUGAUGAACACUGUGAAUUAUAUAGACUAUAGGACAAUAUACAAAAAAAUUAUAUUUAUAUAUAGAAUAUUUUUCUAAAAAGUGAGCGCGGGACUUGCAAUUAAUAUAAUAAAGGAUGUGGUAUGAUGCCAUUAAUUAUUCUGUACGAUGGCAAAAACUCCAUAAUAGCAAGACCCAUGUUAUUUACUGUUGCAUUGUGAAAUAUAAAACAGUUUAAGGUGCUGAGUUAUCAAAAUUCUGGACUAAAUAUUUCAUGGACUAUUUAUGCAAUACAAGCACCAAUGAUUUUAAAUGCACAUCACUUAUUGAUAUCCUGUGUAACACUUAUUUAUUAAACUGAAAUAAAAUGCAUGUAAAUAUGUACAAUACUAUAUCUUUUAUACUUGUUAUUGAUUGAAGAAAUCAUACAUAGAACGA